CGGUCCCAAUGGCGGGCUUGACCGCGGCGUCUCUGUUUUCUGGACAGGUGGAAGCUCCGGUUUGACGAGCUGCCGUUGUUCUCAAUACAAAGACAGGCGGAGACGAGAAAGACCUGAAAUUCCCCCCGAAUUAAAACAUGAACUUAUGUCGGAGACUAUAAAUAUUUUACAGAAAAUAAAAGCGGUAGUUUGAACGUUUUUUGUGAAAAAUGUCCGCAGGAGAAGAGAGAAAAUUGAAGAGAAACUGCGCAGUCAUAGUUUAAUGGGAGCGGUGACCUGAGCAGAUAUGCCAGCCGACGACAAGGUUGCCAUCCUGACAGAUGAGGAGGAGGAGCAGAAGAGGAAGUAUGUCCUCGCUGAGCCAUUCAACACCCUCUCCAUGGCCCAGCAAGAGGAUGUCACAGCGCCACCAGGACCCGGCUCUGACAUGGCACGUGAUCAGGUGGCAGCAGUGGCGGCCUCACAGCCAAAUUCCAUGGACUGCUGCGAGAGGACGUGCCUCCGCAUCAACAGCCACCUCCUCAUCUCCAAAGUCUUCUAUUUCUUUUUCUAUGCCGCCUACGGCUCGCUGCACCCCCUGCUGGCCGUGUAUUACAAGCAGCUCGGCAUGUCAGCCAGCCGCAGCGGGCUGCUCGUCGGCAUCCGCUACUUCAUUGAAUUUUGCAGCGCCCCCUUCUGGGGUGUGGUGGCGGACCGUUUCAAGAAAGGAAAAGUUGUGCUGCUGUUUUCCGUUCUGUGCUGGUUAAUGUUCAACUGCGGCAUCGGGUUUGUCAAACCUGCGGAAAUGAUAUGUGAGGAAAAGGGAGCUUCCACGCCGCUUACACCCGUGGUAACGGUCCAGCCUCAGGAUAAUGUAACACAACCAAGCAACUCCACCAACCACACCAGAAGUCGGCGAAACGUACUGGAGCUGCAUGUGGAGCAUUCCCACGUGCUCCACAGGCUAGAACGUAGUGUGGAUGCCAGCAUAACCACAACAUACUCUCCAUUUAAUUUACUAAACACCACCCAGCUCGUACCAAACACCACUCUGCAGACCACCACCAGUUCUGCUCCAGCACCUGAGAAAGAGUACCAUAUCAUCUACAACAUUGACCAGGUGGAGUCCAUCUUCCUGCUCAUCCUGCUUGUCAUCAUCGUGGGCGAGUUCUUCAGCGCUCCCGCCGUCACCAUCGUGGACACGGUGACCCUGCAGUAUCUUGGUAAAGCCCGCGACCGCUACGGCCUGCAGAGGAUGUGGGGCUCUCUGGGUUGGGGUCUGGCAAUGCUGCUGGUGGGCAUCUGGAUUGACCACACUCAUAUCACCGUGGCGAUUGAAGGCACUGGUUGCGCUGUGCCAGAUUUUCGCCUUCACAACUACCAGCUCGCCUUCAUUGUCUUUGGUGUUCUGAUGGGUGUGGCGUUGAUUGUGGCCACUCAGUUUUACUUUGAGAAAGGCGGUGAAUACCAGCAGGAAGUUCCAGAGGUGGUGGAGGACUCGGCGAACACUGACAGGGAGUCAGUCACUUCAGAGCAGACCCCCAGCAACCCCAACACCACCCAGGAGUUCCACUACAGUGACCUCCUCAAGCUGUUAUGCAGCGUGCGCUACAGCUCCGUCCUCUUUGUCGCCUGGUUCAUGGGCUUUGGCUACGGCUUCGUCUUCAGCUUCCUGUACUGGCACUUGGAGGACCUGGGCGGGACCACCACGCUCUUUGGGGUCUGCUCCGUCCUCAGCCACAUCUCAGAGCUCGCUGCGUAUUUCACCAGCCACAAGUUCAUCGAGCUCGUGGGACACAUCAGAGUGCUGUACAUCGGGCUGGCCUGCAACACAGCUCGCUACCUGUACAUCUCCUACCUGGAGAACGCCUGGAUCGUCCUGCCCAUGGAGAUCCUUCAAGGUGUGACCCAUGCCUCAGUUUGGGCAGCUUGUAUCUCCUUCCUGAGCGCCGCGGUCCCGCCGGCUCUCAGGACGUCGGCACAGGGAAUUCUGCAGGGCCUGCACCUCGGGCUGGGUCGCGGCUGCGGAGCCAUGGUCGGAGGAGUAUUCGUCAAUUAUUUUGGUGCUGCAGAGACGUUCAGAGGAAUCGGCAUGGCCUCCCUCGUCAUCCUCCUCAUCUUCUCCUUCAUCCAGUGUCUGACCGGAGACACUGAAGGCAAAGAGGACAAAAUGCUAGCAGAGAACAUCCCUGUGCCCUCCAGUCCAGUCCCGAUCGCCACCAUCGACUUGGUGCAGAGUCACGCACCCGACGGCAGCCCGGCCCCAGUGCGACAGGCUCCCUUGUUGCCAGUAAGGAAGACUAAACAUCAGGAGGAUCAGGAGGACCCGAACAGACCGGCUUGGAUGCUUUCCGGUGCCCCCUGGGUCACCAUUGCCUUCGCCUUUGUCCAGAUCAAAGAGAUGAUCAGCCUGGCAAAGAACAGCACUCGAGACCCUCACCCACUGCAGGUGCAUAAUGAGCGGGCGGUGGCUGAGUACGAGGCGGUGGCAACUUCGCACAGAAACUCGAGCGAUGACGGCACACACCCGCCGAUAUCCACCACGGAAACUCCCACGCAAGCAGACACCGCCCACACCUCACACACAGACUCUGACAAAGACCAAACGCACCCUGCGUCAGACGGAGGAGCGCCCAAAGACAAUACGGUCUUCACAGAAGAAAACCCACAUUGAGUGUUCAUUUAAAAACUAUUGAAUGCACACACAGAGGGCUUUAACCCCAGUGUGUUUCAUUACUGCAAAGUGACCUGUCUAAACAAGUUCAUCUGUCCUCUAGUUCAGUGUUAAAAUCCUAUUGUGUGGUGAAGUGAUUCCUCUGCAGUUUAUAAACACUGUGUCCAGAUUAUUCUAAAAGCUAGUGUAGUGUGUACAUAUGAUUGUGAAAUGGGGGAUUAUCCUUGAAUACUGGAAGCAAGCUGGGAAUGGUUUAGUUCUAGAGGUGGAGUGGUUUCUAAACUUCAUUAAUGGAUGGUUUUUGCA